UCCUCGCGUAGGUUAAAGCGAAGAUGCCACUCUUCGGGAAAAUCAUUGUGAUUAAGCGGAACGGGACUGAUGGGAUCCAUUUCCCACUCACUGCAAGCUCCUGUUUAUUUGGAAGGAAAACCGAAUGUGAUAUUCGCAUUCAGUUGCCCCAGGUCUCUAAAGAACACUGCAAAAUUGAAGUAAAUGAAAACAAAGAGGCAGUACUGACUAACUUAAGCGCAGUAAAUCCAACGCAACUGAAUGGUGGUUGUUUUCAGCAGCCUGUACCUCUGAAGCACGGGGAUGUGUUAACUAUUAUCGAUCGUUCUUUCAGGUUUGAAUAUCCACCCCAGUCAACUCCAAGAAAGAGACGUUCUCGAUCUCCAAAAAAUGAAACACUGCAGGUUCUUCAUGUUCAGCAGGUGGCAGAAGUGGAAUUGUUACACAAACAAGCUUCAGGAUCUAAAAGUCUUCCUGAUUCUGAUAAUACCAAGAGUGAAAAGCAAAAUGCUGAUGAAAAUAAACAAAGUACGGAAGAAAAUAAAGUUUCAUCUGUCAAGCUAACAACCAAGUCUUUGUACAGAAUAAAUCGAUCUAAUAAAAGGGAAAAUGAAAUGUCUCCUUUCAGUAAACUCUAUGAAACACUGAAGCAUGAGAUAAAAGUGAAAAAAACUCUGCAGGAAGGAAAUGCAUCUCAACAAGCCAGGAAAGAUGGCAAGAGUGUGUUGCUAGAAUCCAGCACUCAGAUGUCAUCAGAUUAUGCUCGCAGUCUUGGAAGCCUGACUAAAGAAACAGAAAAAGAAACAACUGAAGAGUAUAAAGUUAAACAAGAAGUGGUUUGUUCAGAAUUUAAUCUGAUUGCAGCUACGGGAAGUGCAGCCAAGAGGAGUUUUACCAGGAGUCCUCGAAAAUCUGCUUCAAAUGAGAUGUCAAGAAACAUUUGCAGGAAAAUUCUCUUGCAGGAUUACAAAGAGCAAAAUACAUUGGGCAAACCUGAAGAUACUGAAGUUGCAACCAAAGCAAAUGAAGAUAACAAUGGAAAUGCAGCAUGUUCACCUAAGCCAUGCUCCAUAGAAUGCUUGGGCUAUGCAGAUAGAAUAUCCUCUUCUGCAAGAAAAACAGAGCAACUAGCACAAACAAGUGCUCUAACAAAGGCAGCGAGCAAAAACAGCGCUUCUGAAGUAGAUACAUGUGUCUUGUCUACGCCAAGGUCCAAGAGAAGGAGUUCUCGAUCUCGUCCUAUGUCAUCCACCAAGGAAAUUAGUGGAAUGGGUUCUGUAAAUGUUGGUGCUCCAACAAAUCAGCAUGAUGUAUUGUUGGAACCUAAGGUUUUUUCAGAAAUUUCAGCUGAACCUCAGGAGGAAGAUGUACUGUGCAGAAGUGAGAGCCUUGAAGAACUGCCCUUGGCUGAAAAUGCAUGUUUAAAACAAAGACGUGGUAGUAAACAACAUACACCAGGAAAAUGCAUAAAAGAGGAAGCACUGAAAGAAAAUUGUGAUCAGGCAGAUGUUGUUAACUCAGAAGAGAGAGAUUCUGAAACUCCUGCCUCGCUACCUAAUUCAAAGAGUCCCAGGAGAAACAUCAGGCGAAGUAAAGCAUUGUCAAAUGAUGGUGUCUGUUCAGAGAUGCAGCGUUCAGAAGAAUUAACACCAGAAGUUGUAUCUCCUGCUAGUCAGAAAAACAGCCCUGGGAGGAAAAGGGGUAGGCCAAGGACCUCUGCGCUGCUAUCUCAAAAGGCAGUGGAGACAGAAGCAGUUCAGGAUCACCAAGAUAAGACUACAGAUGGAAAAGAUGCUGGAACUGAAGAGGAGCUGGUCACAAAGGCCGAUCAACAGAAACUAGAUUUGGAAGGUGCUGGUGAUACGAGACCUCGUAGCUUGUCAGCAAAGAGGAGGUCUGGAUGUUCUACUGUGCUUAAAGAAGAUGAAGUUGUCGCAGAAACAAGUAUUUCUAGCCUGUUGGCCAACGAAGAGGAAUCAGGUAAUACGAGAGGAAUAUCUCAGAAGAGGAAAAGUGGUGAUUUGUUACAUCAGCCCUUAGGAAAAAGAAAGAGAGUGUCUUUUGGUGGUCAUCUGAGCCCCGAGCUCUUUGAUAAAAGUUUACCUCCCAAUUCGCCCCUUAAAAGAGGGGCAAUUCCCGCAAGGCUGAGCGUGCCCUUUGGGGGCUCUCCACGUGCCGUUCUGAAGAAGGCUCAGGGAUCGAAGCCCCUUGCAGUCCAGGAACUUCCUGAACACUUGUCAAAAGAAAAAACUUCACCAAAUCAGAGGUCACCAGCUGCCUCAUGCCCUGUUUCUGGAAAAUCAACACCUAAAAAAUCAACACCUAAAUUAAAUUUAAGCUCUCCAGAACCUUACACUACUGGCCGUUUCUCUGUUUCUCACAUCCCAACGCCAUCGCCAGUUGCAGAGGAGCAGGAUGCUGGUGCAAAAGAUGUGAAUCCCCAAGAGAGAAAUAAUGCUCGGGUAAAAACACCCAAUUCUUCUCGCAUUAACCAAGAUGAUGAAACUUUAAUAGCUGCAACUAACAAAUUAACAAGGAGUGCACAGCUUGCUUUGAAGAACACUCCCAUGAAGAGGAGAAGUGGGGCUGUAGCAGUUAUUAAUGCAAAAAGAAGAAGUGGUGCCUCCAGUGCCAAUUUGCUAGUUGCAAAGUCCUGGGCAGAGGUGGUAAAGUUAGGUGUUGCAAGACCACAAGCAAAAGCCAUCAAAAAGUCUGUCCUAAAAGGAAGAUCAACAAAGAAGAUAACUCAGUUACCAAAGACUCCGGAAAGAAAAGUAAAAGGUCAUUUUAGUACAGGUCAUGCAGAGUCUCCUGCCACCAUAGUUGUGGGCAGGGCUUAUACCACAACAGUCAGAAUGGCUGGACAGGUCCCUAAAGUGGUAAAAAAUCCUAUCGUGAAACAAAGCAUGGAUAUGAAUGAAAGCUUCACAGGGAUGGCUGAGAUGUUUCAGACUCCAGAAAAUAAAAGCAGGAAAGGAAGAUCUUUGUCCCCUGUUCAGAAGAUUGAUUUUACACCAACAUGUUCAGCAGUGGAUGUUUCUGAACUGCACACUCCUGAAGAAUCUGGAGAAAUGAUAGUGUCACCCUUAAAUAGUUCAGAUGCUUCCGAACAGAAACCAGAUAUCUGUCAUUUUCUGAGAGAUGAAAGCUCUCUAAAGUCUAUGGUUGAUGCAGUCUCCACAAAUACUCCUGAAAAACAGGAAGCCAUGCAGGAAGAAAAUGCUGGCAUGGAUAGUUUGCUGACAAAUCCAAAAAAAUGUACAUCUCAGGUGAAAUUAGGAUUGAAAGGCAGGACUCCAAAGCAGAAGCUGGAGCCAGUGGAGGUCCUUUCAGGAGUCAAGCAGCUCAUGAGAACCCCAAAGCAGAAGCCAGAGCCAGUUGACGUCUUGUCAGGUGUCAAGCGGAUCAUGAAAACUCCAAAACAAAAACCGGAGCCAGUAGAGGUGCUCUCGGGUGUCAAGCAGCUCAUGAGGACCCCAAAGCAGAAGCCAGAGCCAGUUGAAGUCCUUUCAGGUGUCAAGCAGCUCAUGAGGACCCCAAAGCAGAAGCCAGAGCCAGCUGAGGUCCUUUCAGGUGUCAAGCAGCUCAUGAGGACCCCAAAGCAGAAACCAGAGCCAGCUGAGGUCCUUUCAGGUGUCAAGCAGCUCAUGAGGACCCCAAAGCAGAAACCAGAGCCAGCUGAGGUCCUUUCAGGUGUCAAGCAGCUCAUGAGGACCCCAAAGCAGAAGCCGGAGCCAGUUGAGGUGCUCUCGGGUGUCAAGCAGCUCAUGAGGACCCCAAAACAGAAACCAGAGCCAGCUGAGGUCCUUUCAGGUGUCAAGCAGCUCAUGAGGACCCCAAAGCAGAAAUCAGAGGCUACAACAGAUGAAAUUGGCUUUAAAAGAUUGCUCAAAACUCCAGUAGAAACAGAAACAGAUAUGUCAAGUACUACAAUAAACAAGAAAACUCCAAAAACAAAAUAUCAACCAGUAGAAGAUAUGAUUGGGAUCAGUCGUAUUUUUAAGACACCAAAGGAAAAGGCUGAACCAGUAGAAGAUGUGUUUGGAAUUAGUAGAUUAGUGAGGACUCCAAAAGAGAAAUGUGAACCAGUUGAAGAUUUUGUGGGUCUGAAGAAGCUCAUGGCAGAACCCAGGCAAAAAUGUUCAGAUAUUGAAGUGGAAUUUACUGGAGUUAAGGAGAUGUUUGACAUACCAGAGGAAAUAAAGACCUGUUCAGUAAAAAUGGAUCUUGAGCAAGAGGAUGCUAUACCUCCCUGUGCAAAUUCGACUCAGGAAUGUGCAGACAAAGGAAAAAUUUCAGAAGGUGAAAAGUCACAACAGACAGUAUCAGCCAGCAAAGAGCAGUGUACCAAGAGACAAACAAGGGGCAGACCAAGAAAGACGGUGUGUCCUGUUUCAGUAAAUCAGCAUGAAAAGAAUUUAGAGGAAGAUGCAAAUGUAAAAGAAAUGAAAGCUCUGGAAAAAAAGAGCAUCCAAGAGGAGAUGGAGGUGGCUAAUGCUUCAGUAGCUAAAAGUCUGGGAAGAGGAAGGAGAACAAAUCGUUGUGUGCGAGAAGAAACUGUUUCAGAACACAUGAAUCACAAAAAUGCUGAAGCUGGGGAAUUAUGUGGAGCUGCUCAAAGACCACGACGAGGUAAAAGGAAUGAACCAAAGCAGUUAAAACAUCAAAGUGAAAGUGUCGAGUGUCGUGACAAAGAUUCUUCGUUGCUACAGGAAGAAUCUGCAAAUGUAAAACAGACUCUGCAGAAGUAUGGUGUCACUGAUAUAUUAAUAACUGAAGCUGGUCAAGGCAUAAAGACAGAAAGUAUGUCUAGUCAUGUUCAGAAUGCAAACUGCCAACCUCUACAAACAGAAUUUGAAAUAACAGAACACAAAUCUAAAGAAGGUAGUAUAGAAAACAGUGAAACUCUGCUUCUGCCACCAAGGAAUGCAUCUAAAGGAGAGAAAGAACUAGAAACCACAGAACCAGUAAUUUCACCUAGAAGAGGAAGAAGAAGAAAAAAUGACCAAGGCAAUCGAUCGCCUUCAGAGGAACCUCGUGGGACAGCAAGGAAGCUUCGUAAGGAACCUUCAGCAAAGAUAGCACCAGGAGACGAACAGGCUUUGGACAAAAAUAUCAGUGAGACUGCCCUAGAAAAACCUGAAGUCAGAAGUAAACAAGAAAUAAAGGUGGUAGGAAGAAGAGGAAAAUCUAUAAGAACUACUAGAAAGCAAACUGAAAUAAAAACAGAAAAUUGCAGGAUGGCACCUGAAGAUAUACGAAACAUUCAAGAAGCCAAGGAAGCCUUUGUGGAAACUGUUUUUGAAACACAAUCGGACAUGAAAAAUGAGAGAAAGGUAUCUCGGGGAAAAGCAGCUGAAAAUGUUCAGGAAAAUGCAACAGAGGUGUCUCAAAGACUGAAGUCAGAGUCGCCUUCUGGAGAGACAAACAAAGCACCUGCUGCUGAUCUGCGUUUGGAAACGAGCAGAACUAGAAACAGGAGAGGCAAAAAGGACUCUCUGGAGAUAAAGGCUGAUGAACCCGUCAAAGAUGCAAGCAGUAGAAAAGCAGCUGUGCCCAAACUCAAGUCCGAAGCAGAGCUGGAGGAAACUUCUGUCCAGGGUGGUUUAAGCUCUCCCCGUGACAAGGAUGUGAAUGAGGCAGCUGCAGCAGCUCAGGUACCUGUUACAGACAGUGACAGCAUGGACCAUAACUGCCAAAAGCAGGCAGAAGACGAGCAGGAAGGACUUGAAGCUCAGCCAGUUGAAAUUGUGCAAGAGGGUCAAACACAAAUAAAUAGAACUGCACUUAGAAGAGGCAGAGGGAGAAGAGUUAAUUUUGAACUUGAAGAAGCUAAUUCCAAAGCACUUGGAAAGAGCUUACCUGGAGAUGGAAAAGGAAUAGCAGAUAAAGGUGGUCAGCCUAGUACUUCAGAAAAUGCUUCCUCACAAGUAAGGAGGAGCAGAAGGCGGCAAGUUGCUUCCAUUCCACCUACAGCUUGUUCUACCUCUGCUGAAAAACUAACAGUAAUUGAAGAUCAUAGUAAAGAUGAGACUCUUGUAAAAGAUCAAGAUCCAGCUUUGGAAGCUACUCUCUCCUCGGCAGAAGAGAAUCCACUGAGAUGGGGCAGAAGAGGAGAGGUUGCUGUAGCAUCACAAACCACUGGUUCUCUUUCUGUCAGUAAAAGACGUGGGUUGCCAGAAGGUGAUGAUAAAAAGAUGCCUGUGAAAGAAGAUCAAAAUACGGCUUUGGGAAAUAAAACUUCCCAGGCAAAAUCAAAUGCAUCAGCAAGGGACAAAAGAAAAAAGAUUGAUCCAGCAGCAGAGGCAAAAAGUUCAUCAUCUCUCCAGAGAAAACAUGGCUUGUCAGAAACUGAUGAUAAAGAGAAGAGUUCUAAUGAAGAACAAAAUCUGCCUUUGGAAACAGUGUCCCCUGCAAGAGAAAAACCAUUAGGAAGGGGCAGGAGGAAAGAAACUGCUUUGAUGUCACACCCAACUAAUUGCAUUUCUCUUCGAGGAAGACGUGGUGUGCCCGCAGAUAAUGGGGGAGAAAAGGCUCUUAAAGAAAAUCAAGAGGUGCCUUUAGAAGCUGUCGUUGCUUCAUCUGUGAAAGAAACUCAGCUGAGGAGAGGCCGAAGGAAAGAAGUUGCCCUCUUGUCGGAAGCAACAAGUUCUACUUCUAUUCAGAGAAAACGAGGGGUAUCAGAAGAAAACAAAGCUGAAAAAGUGAUUUUGGAAAACACUGCUUCCCAAGAAAAAAUGAAUCUGGUGAAAGCGAACUCGAGGCAAAAAGCCAAGAUCGCUUCGUUAGAGGUUCAGUUCACUUCCCCACAAGGUAAAGUUGGUUUGCAGGACAGUGGGAAGAAUGAAACUCGUGAAGAGCAGCAGAGCUGCUCUGUGGAAAUAGUGCCACCUGCCCACCUGUCAAGAGCGAGUAGAAAGAGAACAGUUUCCUUCAAACCUGAAGAAGCUGCUUCCACUUUUCUCAGGGAAAAACGUUUGCCCAAAGACGUAGAUCAAAAAGAUACUUUUAAGGAAGACAAAAAUUCAUCACUGGAUAAUAAUUCAUCCCAGGAAAAAGCAAGGCCUCUGAGGAAUAAAAGCAAAAAGACAGAGUUUGAAUCAGAGGAACCUGCCUCUGCUCCUCUCCAUGAUAAUGGCAACUUGCCAGAAAAUGGGAGCACGUCAAAAAUGCCAAAUAAGUGUUUGAAAUCCACUGAUCCCCCCAAAAGCAAUCCCCCUAGAAGAGGAAGGGAGGUUAACCUUGUCCCACAGGUAACAACUCGCAGAAGAAAAUGUCAGUUGCCAGAAGAUGACUCAGCAUCCAAAAAAUUAAAAUCAGAGAAUGAUGAAAAUGGGUCUCUACAAAAAGGAAGAAGAAACAAAACUAAAGAAGAACUUGACAAAUGGGAUGGAACAACCCAGCAGACAGCGGGAGGAACAGACAGGAAAACAAGAUCAAGAACAAGUACAAGAACAAGACAUUAGUAUUUACAGCUGCGGAACCAGUUUUUAAAUCAAUUCAGUAAUUGAAACUGCAGGUUUUAAAUA